AUGCGGGGCCCCUCCGACUCGUCGCCGAUAAAAUUUCCCUCAGUCCGUCUUGGAGCCCACUGUUCCUGCAUUCUUUAUUAAAGUUCACGGUUCCAUUGUUUCCCACCUGUCGUUUCCAUCGGUCUCAACUGCAAGUCACCGCACAACGCUCUUUGUGACACCCAUACCCAGAAACCCUUAAAGAUACCCAGCAACAACAUCGCAGCCAUGGCGACGUCCGAGGCCCAUAUCUCCCGCUCUGAGAUCGUCAGGCAAUACACCGAGCUUGACCAGAAGGGCAUCAUCAUUGCCGAAUACAUUUGGAUCGACUCCGAGGGCAACACGCGCUCCAAGACACGGACUCUCGAGGGUGGCCAGAAGUGGGAUGUUUCCACUCUGCCCAUCUGGAAUUUCGACGGUAGCUCAACAGGCCAGGCUCCCGGAGAAAAUUCCGACGUGUACCUUCGCCCGUGCGCCGUCUACCCUGAUCCCUUCAGGAAGGGUGACAACAUUCUUGUCCUGGCCGAGUGCUGGAACCAUGAUGGCACACCCAACAAGUACAACUAUCGUCAUGAGUGCGCGAAGCUGAUGGAGGCGCACGCCGAGCACGAGCCGUGGUUCGGUUUGGAACAGGAGUACACUCUCUUGGAUCUCCAUGACAGGCCGUACGGCUGGCCCGUUAAUGGCUUCCCCGCUCCUCAGGGUCCCUACUACUGCGGUGUCGGUGCCGGCAAGGUUGUCCAGCGUGACAUCGUGGAGAGCCAUCUGCGUGCUUGCAUAUAUGCCGGCGUCAAAAUUUCGGGAACCAACGCCGAGGUUAGCAAGUCUCAAUGGGAGUUCCAGGUCGGCCCUUGCGAGGGCAUCAAGAUGGGCGAUGACCUCUGGAUCGCGCGCUACAUCCUUGCUCGUGUCGCUGAAGACUUUGGGGUGAAGGUGUCACUACACCCUAAGCUGAUCCCUGGUGACUGGAACGGCGCGGGUCUGCACAGCAACUUCUCCACCAAAGAGAUGCGUGUAGAAGGAGGUAUGGCUCACAUUGAGGCUGCCAUCAAGAAGCUUGAGGGUCGGCAUCAAGAGCACAUCGCUGUCUACGGCGAGGACAACGAGAAGCGGCUCACCGGCCGUCAUGAGACUGGCGCCAUUGACCAGUUCUCAUACGGCGUGGCCAACCGCGGCGCUUCAAUCCGCAUUCCCCGUGAGGUGGCCGCUAAGGGCUACGGAUACUUCGAGGACCGGAGACCGGCCAGCAAUGCCGACCCAUACCGUGUCACUGGCAUUCUUAUGGAGACGAUUUUCGGUGCUGUCUAAACACAUUCGAUACCCGCUCAGGAGGGGAUCUUGAAGAGAGACAUCAGCUAGGAGUACAGACGGCAUUGCUGCAAGCAUCUGGAUUAUAGCACUUGGGUCAUGAGGAUGCAUGUUGUUGUCAUCAUUUACAUUCGGUUAUUAUCGGGCG